AUGCGACGCCUAGAGGCAGCACGGGACCGCAGAAAAGCGAUUGCCGAGGACCCAGAUGAACAGCAUGUAAACAUGGUACAAUUACUUCAUGGGAAAAAGUUCUCAGACAAUCUCUCAACGGUGUUUGCGUCGCGAAAUUGUUUCAGAGAACACAUCUCUCACGACGAUGCUCAAUGGGUAACAUGGCCGUCUUUGGCGGAGCUCAAGAAGGUGGGCGACAAACGGUCGGGUGGACAUGAGCGAUAUUUCCCUCUCCCAAAGCUGAACAUCGAUGUCAAAGGCUACGCGGCGUAUCAGAAAGAGCAUUGUUAUUCUGCGGACGGGACGGACCUUGGCGGCGUGAGGCAUUGGAAAGUUGACACUCGAUUCAUUCCCUCUAUAUCCCCUCCCAAUGCUCCCACCGAGCCCCCUUUCUCGCAGGCGACGGAACUGGUUCUCGAGGAACUGCCAGAUUACCUACAAAAGGCGAUAGAAGACAUGAAGAAAGAAUUGGAUGAGAACUGGACGAUGGCGACGGCUUUGGAGAAGAAGAUGGAUGAUUUGGCCACAACGGCUGUUGAAACUGGGCAGUUCAGUGGAGACGGGCAUGAAGAUUGA